ACAUAUGGACACCUUUUUUAACAAGAAUAUGGAUGUCAAUAAUUCUGAAUCAACCUCUUCAAUAAGAUAGCGUGGAGCUGGAUUUCGUGUGUUUGGAAAAUUUAUUUUACCUGCAGCGGUUCACAAUGGAUCACAACCUAAAAAGCCUAAUUUAUAAAGGCUAAAUUUUAUCAAUUGGUAAAAUGACAGCAGUUAUAAACAAAUAUAUAGAUCAUUUUUAAGUCAGUUUGUACACAGACAGAGAGACACAUCUGGAGUCAGGAAUGUAGCUCUUUUCCAUACUGUAUAUAUUUUUAGCCAAAACAUUUUAUUAAUGAGAAUUAUCAGUGAGCAGCCUCCUUAAAGCAAUGCAAAAUAGAUCAAUGAAAUAGAUAUUUUUAGCAUGAAGAAGUGUGGAGUCCAUUAAAAAAAAUAAAAACUGAAAUGCAAAAAUGAUCUUCAUCUGCGAUAUACUUUCAAAAGAUACAAAGGUGUACAAAACACACUUGAUCCAAUUCAGGGUCCGGCCCACACUUCAGAACCAUCUUGAUCCUGCCUGAGCUGCUCUACAGGUUGUUGUAUCACUUCCAUAAAAGCUGAAUGAUAGCUUUUGGCAUUCCUACCAGAAUUGCAACACAAAGCUACAGACCUACGGUGAACUCCUCACUGAAAUGUAAAGUUCAUAGUCUCAUUCCAGAAACUCUUCCUCCUCUCAAAGUUCUGGGAUACACAGAUGAAAAAGAAAAAAAAAGGUUGAGUAAUUCUAGGCCACAGGACAAAGCAAAGAAGAAAUGACUUUGGAUAAUUAGGUUGCUGAAAGCAGAGGGUUUGCAGUCAGGAACAUUCGUUAAGUUGCUGAAGAGCAAUGAAGAGCUGGUUGUUCUGGGCUGCUGGUUUCCUCCUGUGGAUAUAUUGCUCUUCUCAAAGAGUGUGUGAAGAACCACCUGACAUUAAUUUUGCGGAAAUUGUAAGUGAGAAGAAAGCCACGUAUCUGGAAAAUGACCGAGUACAAUAUAGGUGCAACCCUGGAUAUGUCUUGGAAGGGUCUGAAUGGAUUCUGUGUAAUGGACAAGAGUGGACACCGCGUCUCCCAAAAUGUUUGGCACCCUGCAGCAUCACAAAAGAGCAACUAGCAACAGAAAACUUGUUUUUGUUUGGUGGCCGAAGAAGAACUCAACUAAUUCAAAGUAACCGUUCACUGGUAUUCCAGUGCAGUGAAGAAUACAUUCUCACAGUUCCUUCAGUCAGGAAGUGUGUUGAUGGUCAUAUGGAUUUGCCGUUAUGUAUCUCUAAAAGUGGAAGAAACUGCAGUGGUUCACCCAGGAUUGAGAAUGGAGACAUUAUUACUUUAUCUGAGCAGCAGUACAGAUCUGGCUCUUCAGUAGAAUUCAGAUGCCAAAAAUAUUAUGCCAUGGAAGGCCAGAACAGAUCCUUUUGUGACAAUGGGACCUGGACAAAAGUGCCCGUUUGCCUCGAUCCCUGUACGAUCCCCAGGGCUAAACUGGAACGCCAGAAGAUAGAAGUUAAAGUGGGAAUGGAUGUGUCUGAAAAUAUAUACGUGCAACACGGUCGUUCUAUGGAGCUGACCUGCAGAACAGGAUAUGUCCUUGCAGCAAACUCUUCCCAAUCAGAUUCCAUAAUCCAUUGUGAUGGGACACCACCCGUGAUUCCUAGAUGCAAAGAAAUUACAUGCAACCCUCCAAGAAUAUCUAAUGGUUCUUUCCGACCUCAAAGAACUAUAUACCAUGAUGGGGAUCUACUUCGAAUUCAGUGUGACCAUGGAUUUAAUUAUGAACCAGAUAAUGGAGAACGGGUUGUUGAAUGCACAAGGAAUGGCUGGUCACCUUCACCAAAAUGUGUCGAUGUAAGAUGUCCUCCUCCCCCUCAACUCCCAAAUGGUCAGAUUAAUGGUAUAAUAAAGGAAAGGUAUUUGCCCAUGGAGAGGGUGAGCUAUCGAUGCCGCUCGGGUUAUAGUCUUAUUGGACGUGCUUUCAUCACAUGUUUGAAGCAACGUUGGACAGAAGCACCGCGUUGUGCAGAUAUUGGGGGAAGAUGUGGACGCCCACCUCAUGUGGAUGAUGGAGACAUCGUGGAGAUCCCCAAUUCAUACUAUAACACAAAUGACAGGGUAACUUAUCAAUGCCAACAUCGUUAUAAAAUGAUAGGAUCUCCAAGAGUGACUUGUCAAAAUGGCUAUUGGUCACAAACACCAACAUGCAGAGUUCCUUGUACAGCAAGUGAAGAAGAUAUGAGACAGCACAAAAUAAAGCUGAGGUGGAAGCCAGAUGAUAAAAUACAUUCUGAGGCUGGAAGGGAGGUUGACUUUGAAUGUGAAAGACGUUCAGUUAGUGAUGGCUAACCUCUCUUGUCCAACUGAGUUCAGAAUCCAUUUUCUCCAUUUCUUCUAAGCUUGGAAUCAUUUCAUAGGAUACCUUGUUUUACAGGCAAUGAAUGGUUAUCAGUAGUUACUAAUUCAGUUAAUGCUUAUUU